GCGGCCGCGCUAACGCCGGAACCGGCGAUCCGGGAGCUGCGGCGCUUCCGCUUCCCGGCGGCACUCACCGGCGCUGCGCAUGAUCGCCGCCUCGCAUCUCCCGCCCUUUCCUCCCCCUCCUCCUCCUCCGCGAAGGCCCGGCCGUCGCUCCCGCUCCGUCCCGGGCUCGGGGAUGCGCUGCUCGGCGGCCGCUCGCAGGAGCUGCGCGGCUGGCGGGGAGCAGGAUGGAGGUGGAGGAGGCGUUCCCGCUGGUGGGGCAGAUGGGGCCCUACCAGGUGUAUCUGUGCUUGCUGCUGGCCGUGCUCCUCCAGCUCUAUGUCGCCACUGAAGCCAUCCUCAUCGCGUUGGUGGGUGCAACUCCUCCCUACCACUGGGAUCUCCAGGAGCUCUCAGCUAAUCAGAGCCGUAGCAACCAGUCAGUGAGUGAACAGAGGGCGUUUGGGGAAUGGCUUCUGACCGCCAAUGGCAGUGAGGUGCACGAGCACGUACACUUCAGCAGCAGUUUCACAUCCAUCGUCUCUGAGUGGUUUUUAAUUGGCAACACAUCAUACAAAGUCAGUGCUGCCAGUUCCUUCUACUUCAGCGGCGUGUUUCUUGGAGCAAUCUCCUUUGGCCAGCUCUCAGAUCGCUUUGGGAGGAAGAAAGUCUAUCUCACAGGUUUUGCUCUUGACAUCUUGUUUGCCAUUGCAAAUGGAUUCUCGCCCUCAUAUGAAUUCUUUGCCAUCUCUCGCUUCUUGGUAGGAAUGAUGAAUGGUGGGAUGUCACUGGUGGCCUUUGUUCUGCUGAAUGAGUGUGUAGGUGCUGCCUACUGGGCAUUAGCAGGUUCUAUUGGUGGCUUGUUCUUUGCUGUGGGAAUUGCCCAGUAUGCUUUGUUAGGGUACUUUAUUCGUUCCUGGAGGACUCUGGCUGUUGUGGUUAACCUGGAAGGAACAGUCGUCUUUCUUCUCUCUCUAUUCAUUCCCGAGUCUCCCCGCUGGCUGUACUCACAAGGCCGGCUGAACGAAGCAGAAGAUGCCCUCUACCUCAUUGCCAGGAGGAACCGCAAGCAGAAGUGCACUUUUUCACUGAAGCUGCCAGCAGAGAGGAGCUCCAGAGAGGCUGGCAGCUUCUUGGAUCUGUUUCGAUAUAAGAUCCUCUUGGGACGCACCUUGAUCAUGAUGUUUACCUGGUUUGUGUGCAGCUUGGUUUACUAUGGUCUUACCCUUAACGUGGGUGACUUAGGUGGAAGUAUUUAUGCCAAUUUAGCCCUUUCAGGGUUGGUAGAAAUCCCAGCAUACCCAAUCUGCAUUUACUUGAUCAAUCAAAAAUGGUUUGGCCGGAAGCGAACGCUGAGCGCGUUUCUGUUCCUGGGAGGACUGGCUUCUCUUAUCGUCAUGUUUCUUCCUAAAAAGAAAGAUACCGGAGUGUUCGCAGUGGUGAAUAGCCGCUCCUUGUCUUUGCUGGGGAAGCUGACAAUCAGUGCUGCUUUUAACAUUGUCUACAUCUACACAUCAGAACUUUACCCCACAGUGAUCAGAAAUGUUGGAAUGGGUGCCUGCUCCAUGUUUUCCCGUGUUGGUGGAAUCAUUGCUCCUUUCGUCCCUUCGUUGAAAGCUGUACAGUGGUCUCUGCCUUACAUUGUGUUUGGAGCAACAGGUCUUUUGUCUGGGCUCUUAAGUUUAUUGUUGCCAGAGACCUUAAACAGCCCUUUGCUAGAAACUAUUUCAGACCUGCAGGUAUGCUCGUACUGGAGGCUGGGUGAUGAAGCUAUGUCACUGCAAGCCCUAGAUGGCUCACAGUCUGGAGACAAAGACAGUUCUGCAGGGAGUGGAAGUGAAGAUGAAGAGUUUUAUGAUGCUGAUGAAGAGACUCACAUGAUCAAGUAAUGAAAAGAAGAAACACUGGCCUAUUUUAUGCCUUUUAUUACUUGUCUUACAGCUGGACUGACUGGACAAGUACUGUGGAGCUCAUAUGUCAGGGAAUGUCCUUGGGCAGGUGCCUGUGUUUUUCCUGAGUGGGAUAGAGGGGUUUGAGUACUGUUUGGACUAAUUACACCACUGAUGCUCUCCCUACAAGACAGCUGUUCAAAUUCCUGUAGUUCAGAGUGACAAUGCAUGGAAGCAGGUGAGGCAGCAAGGAUGGAAUGGUGCAUUUCUGAAUUCUAGGGAAUUACCUUGGACAGCUCAUCAAUGCACAUGUUUCUAUUUUAUUUUCCAGGUGGUUCAUUUUGGUUCAAUAUAAAUUGCUAAACAUAAAGAAAUCCACUCUUUGUUUUGUGUAGACUGGAAGUGGUCACAGGAUUUGCCAUGUCCUACUCCAGUGGGAACAGGUUCCUGACAUGGGAUGUUAAAAUGCCUUCUGCUUAUUGGGUAGCAAAAAGGCAACUGUGAACAGAAGGUUUCUAUCUCUGCAUGUAGACACCUGUAGAGAGUUACAGGGUGCAGCUGGUUAGUCAUGAGCUGUGCACUAACUUAAUGGAAGGCCAAGAGGGAAUAAAAUGCAGAGAAGAGCAACCAUGAAGCCUGCAGAUGUGAAAGACA